AGAGUGUCUGGCUGGGUUAGUAGGGUUGGCUGGGGCGGGCAGUAAAUAAAGGGUGGGGCUAAGAGAGGAGGAGGAGGAAAAGCAGGACUGAGAAAGAAGCAAAAGCCCAGCUUGUAUCCCAGUUAACCUGCUGGAGCUCACCCCGCUUGGUCUGAGCGCUGCACCAACUCACCCAGUUCUCUCUCUUCCUUGGUGUCUUCUUCCCCCCUCUCCUCCCCUUUCCUCACUGCACCCUGCACCCUCUACCCAUCACUUCUGCAUCUGACCAGAGGACGAAUGAGUGAGACGUUCCAGCAAAUCGAGGUAGCAACUUUCCUCAGCUGGUCUCUGGGCUCCCGGAGCGGGAACGUGCCGAUUCUUGGAGGUAUGCGGCCCAUGGAGGAGGAGGAGGACGAGCAGUGAUGGGCUAACGACCGGUGCAAGAAGCCCCAAGCAGCUCAGCCACCUAAGCCCCUUCCACAGCUCCACGCGUGUUCUCUCCAGCUAGCUCUCCCGAGAGCUGAGAGCGCGCGGGGUGCAGACUCGGAGCAUCCAGGGAGAAUGAGGCGGGGACCCAGCCCAAGUUGGGUGCAUCUUACGGGCGUGAGGCCACGACUGUGUCUCGGCAUGAAUUAAGAAGCUUGGAAGAUGGAGCGCGGCACAGUCCUCAUCCAGCCCGGGCUCUGGACCAGGGACACCAGCUGGACACUCCUCUAUUUCCUGUGCUACAUCCUCCCUCAGACCGCCCCGCAAGUGCUAAGGAUCGGAGGGAUUUUUGAAACUGUGGAAAAUGAACCCGUUAACGUUGAAGAAUUAGCUUUCAAGUUUGCAGUCACCAGUAUUAACCGAAACCGAACCUUGAUGCCUAACACCACAUUAACCUAUGACAUCCAGAGAAUUAAUCUUUUUGAUAGUUUUGAAGCCUCCCGGAGAGCGUGCGACCAGCUGGCCCUUGGUGUGGCUGCACUCUUUGGCCCUUCCCACAGCUCUUCUGUCAGUGCUGUGCAGUCUAUUUGCAAUGCUCUAGAAGUUCCACACAUUCAGACUCGAUGGAAACACCCUUCUGUGGACAACAGAGACCUAUUUUACAUCAACCUCUUCCCAGACUAUGCAGCUAUCAGCCGGGCAGUCCUGGAUCUGGUCCUCUAUUACAACUGGAAGACAGUCACUGUGGUGUAUGAAGACAGCACAGGUCUAAUUCGUCUGCAAGAGCUCAUCAAAGCUCCCUCCAGAUACAACAUUAAAAUCAAAAUCCGCCAGCUGCCCUCUGGGAAUAAAGAUGCCAAGCCUCUGCUCAAGGAGAUGAAGAAAGGCAAAGAGUUCUAUGUGAUAUUUGAUUGUUCACAUGAAACGGCUGCUGAAAUCCUUAAGCAGAUUUUGUUUAUGGGUAUGAUGACUGAAUACUAUCACUACUUCUUCACAACCCUGGACUUGUUUGCCUUAGAUCUGGAACUCUACAGGUACAGUGGUGUAAAUAUGACUGGGUUUCGGUUGCUGAACAUCGACAACCCCCAUGUGUCAUCCAUCAUCGAGAAGUGGUCCAUGGAGAGGCUGCAGGCCCCGCCCAGGCCUGAAACUGGUCUUCUGGAUGGCAUGAUGACAACUGAAGCAGCUCUGAUGUAUGAUGCUGUGUACAUGGUAGCCAUUGCCUCCCACCGUGCCUCACAGCUGACUGUCAGCUCCCUACAGUGCCAUCGACACAAGCCAUGGCGCCUUGGACCCAGAUUCAUGAACCUGAUCAAAGAGGCUCGGUGGGAUGGCUUGACUGGACGUAUCACCUUCAAUAAGACCGAUGGCUUGAGAAAAGAUUUUGACCUGGACAUUAUCAGUCUCAAAGAGGAAGGAACUGAAAAGAUUGGGAUUUGGAACUCCAACAGCGGGCUGAACAUGACGGAUGGCAGCAGAGAAAGGUCCAACAAUAUCACUGAUUCGCUGGCCAACCGAACACUCAUUGUCACCACUAUUUUGGAAGAGCCCUAUGUGAUGUACAGGAAAUCCGAUAAGCCCCUGUAUGGAAAUGACAGAUUUGAAGGAUAUUGCCUGGAUCUGCUGAAAGAACUGUCAAAUAUCCUGGGUUUCCUUUACGAUGUUAAACUAGUCCCCGACGGCAAAUAUGGAGCCCAAAAUGACAAAGGAGAGUGGAAUGGGAUGGUUAAAGAACUCAUCGACCAUAGAGCUGACCUCGCAGUGGCUCCCCUGACCAUCACUUACGUCCGGGAGAAAGCCAUAGACUUCUCCAAGCCCUUCAUGACCCUGGGCAUUAGCAUUCUUUACCGGAAGCCAAACGGAACCAACCCAGGCGUCUUCUCCUUCCUCAACCCCCUGUCUCCAGACAUUUGGAUGUAUGUGCUGCUUGCCUGCUUAGGAGUCAGUUGUGUACUCUUUGUAAUCGCAAGGUUUACACCCUACGAGUGGUAUAACCCCCACCCAUGCAACCCCGACUCAGACGUGGUGGAAAACAAUUUCACUUUGCUAAAUAGUUUCUGGUUUGGAGUUGGAGCUCUCAUGCAGCAAGGGUCAGAACUGAUGCCCAAAGCUCUAUCAACCAGAAUAGUCGGUGGAAUAUGGUGGUUUUUCACCCUAAUCAUCAUCUCAUCCUACACUGCCAACCUCGCUGCCUUCUUGACAGUAGAGAGGAUGGAAUCCCCCAUCGAUUCCGCAGAUGACCUGGCCAAACAAACCAAGAUAGAGUAUGGGGCAGUGAGAGAUGGUUCAACAAUGACCUUCUUCAAGAAAUCAAAGAUAUCCACCUAUGAGAAAAUGUGGGCUUUUAUGAGCAGUAGACAGCAAAGCGCACUGGUUAAAAACAGCGAUGAGGGGAUCCAAAGGGUGCUCACCACUGACUACGCCCUGCUGAUGGAGUCCACCAGCAUUGAGUACGUGACGCAGAGGAACUGCAACCUCACCCAGAUUGGGGGCCUCAUAGACUCCAAAGGUUAUGGAGUGGGAACGCCUAUCGGCUCUCCUUACCGAGAUAAAAUUACAAUUGCCAUUCUUCAACUACAAGAAGAAGGGAAGCUGCAUAUGAUGAAAGAGAAAUGGUGGAGGGGAAAUGGCUGCCCUGAAGAAGACAGUAAAGAAGCCAGUGCUCUGGGAGUGGAAAAUAUUGGGGGCAUCUUCAUUGUUCUGGCUGCAGGACUUGUCCUUUCUGUAUUUGUAGCCAUUGGAGAAUUUAUAUACAAAUCACGGAAGAACAAUGACAUUGAGCAGGCUUUUUGUUUCUUUUAUGGACUGCAGUGUAAACAAACCCAUCCGACCAACUCCACUUCUGGGACUACUUUAUCUACCGAUGUAGAGUGUGGCAAAUUAUUACGAGAGGAAAAGGGGAUUCGGACACAGUCCUCAGUCCAUACUGUAUAACUGAGGUUUUUAAAAGCUGUUUCCAGUAGAACUGCUUGUAAUGAGUGUCGCUUGUACCUGCAUCUAUGAAGCAGAAGUUGCUAUCAUGCCCUUUCCCUUUAUAUUAGCAAAAUGUACAAACACGAAUCUAGGUACCCUGGACAGGCCUCUGGAACAGACGUGCACUAUAUACUGACGCAGGGUUUUUUAUGGGAAUGUAGACUCAUGGAUGUAUGUAUACACAUAUACACACACAUAUAGAUGAAAUGAUUCUGUCCAAAAUUGCCAUCUUGUGCUUCUUUUAUGCAUUAAGAAUAAAUGACCCUUUCUUCAUAAGCAAAAAUUGAGACACACAACAGGGCAAGGCAUGGGUAAAUGCUAAUUCUUUGCCCUUCUUUUCAUCUUUGUGAGCUUUCUUUCCUCCUCUUUACCGCUUCCUGUCUCCUGUGUUCUCUAGACCUACAUUUUUCAAAUUUUCUGUAGCUAUGCCUUUUCAAUAAGUAUACACGUAACUCUAUAACACUGUUUAAUUUUCUAUUAAAUUGGUCCGAAAAGUUUAAAUGCAUUAUUUACCCAAAACCUGGAAGGUGCCUCAGCUCUUAAAGAUUCCGAAACCACCUCUGAAAGAGCAAUGGUCGAACGUGAAGGCAAAAGGGGAUUACCGAAUGUGAACCUCACUCAGGGAUGUGAGGCUCAGUCAAAAGUGAUUCCUGGAUAGAAACUCAGCAACAUCAGGCGUUCAAAAAGCAGUUAGCAGCUAUCUGUAGGUAUAGAGCCACAAACAACCUGAUUUGCUUCCAAGCCAUAUAUUAUUUCCUUGAAGAGCCAAGCAGAGUCCUAAACUAUGAAUUAAUUCUUACCAUCUUCUGUUUGCCGCUCAGCCACACUCACUCUUUGCAAUGAUGAAUAUCUUUUCAUGCAAUGUUACUGCAUUUCCUUCCCACACAGCAAAGACAGCAUAGUUCUUCUUGAAGCCAUCCUUUAUGAGCCUUGCCAAAUUCACAUUCGUUUCCCUGGACCCAUCACCAUUAUUAAUUCAUUCUAACUGUGCUGUGGAGAAGGGCAUGGGGGAGAAAAUAAAUACCAGAGAGAAUUUCCAUUUGCAUUAGUUACAGAUCUCCGCAGAUUUAUUUUCUACCUGCAUUCAAAGUGAACAAACCCCACACUAACUCAGCUUAGUGACACAAAAAGCCAAUGGCAUGCUUAAUUUGGUGUGACAGAGAAUGUCUGCUGUUUGCACUGAGUUCAUUUCCCCUUUGCAGAGAGUAGGGAAACUGAACUGCCUUUCAUCUCCUCUCAAUAUGCCAUCAGUUGGUCUUUGUUCUCUGUCUGGAGAGUACAUGACAUGUCAAGUGAUCCCCUAGAACACAUUCCAGGGAAGGGAGUUUCUGGCCUCUGGGCAAUCAUGGUGCAUGACCUUCUUGCUUAGCUUUAAAUGGGUUCUAGGACUUUACUCACAACUCCUUCUAAUCAACUUCAUAGUUCCUCAGUAAAGCAUGAUCAGAAAAUUUCACUGCUGCACUGGUGGUUUCUCAGCAUUGUUCUUUAAAUAAAUGAGCUCUUAUGAAAAUAUCUAAAAAAGUAUAUUACUACUUAUUUGCUGUUAUUAAAGUAGUAAAAAGCUACUGUGUGUCUCUGAUCAGAAGUCACAAUAUCAGAAUCAAUAGAAUCACAUUGCCAGGCAGAAUAAAGGCCACAUUACUCUUACUUUUUUGACAUUGUUUCAAUAUACAGAAUCCACAAACAACUUAAGUUUAUUUCCCAAAAUCUAUUUAAUAUACCAAAGUGGCUACAAAAAUUUUCUGAGUGAUGUAUGAUACAGAAAACUCAGGCUGGCAAUAACUAGCAAAAUUCACCUUUCUGCACAGACCAUCCUUAAGGGAUGAAUAAAAAAGUAAUUUUCUUCAAAAGUUAAUAUGAUGAGGGCUUGGGCUUAGCUUGGUUGGAGAGUGCUUACCUAACAUGCAUGAAGCCUGUGAAGCUUCUCAAUCCCAAUUAUGCACAAAACUAUGUGUGGCAGCACAAGUCCGUAAUCCCAGCACUCAAGAAGUGGAGGCAGGGGAAUUAGAAAUCCAUGAUCAAUCUCUAUUACAUAUUGCGUUUAAAGGAAGCCUGGGUAACAUGAGAUCCUGUCUCAAAAAACAAACAAACAAACAAAUGGCAUUUUGGUGUUCUUUUAGACUGUAUGCUACCUAAUUCUUAUAUUUACGUAGUAGUUUAUGCUUUUCAAAAUGUUUAUACUACAUUACGUUUGAUCCUUUCAGCAAUUUUAAUUCAGCUUUUUAAAUCAAAAAUAACAGAUGUUAGAGUACAGAAGCUUGAGACAUGACAUUAAUGUUAAAAGAGAAUUUAUAAAUUAGGCAGAUUCAGGUUCAAGCACAGCCAUGUGUGCAGUCGGUGUAGGCCAGUUACUAACAUUUUCCAGCUUCAGUUUUCUAACAUCUAACCCUGGGAAGUUACUUUCUAGAGCACAAGAUUGCUUUGAAGAAGUAUUUUUCAAAAUAGGUGCCACUGUAGAGUGCUUAAUUUAGUGUUCAUAGUUAAAUAACUCAAAGGGUAGCACACUCAACAUUCCCUUACCACAUGGUACUUUAGUAUAUGUAAUAUGGUGUCAUGGAUGGAGAAUUUCCAUCCUAUUCUGUAUCUCUCAAACCCUUAGGUCAUAGCGUUCUUUUUAAAAAUCUCCUGAUAAGACCAAAGUCACGCAGAUGAUACUUUCUACAUCUACCAUAAGAAUUAAAUGAAAUAAUAACAUGACAUAAAAAACAAAAAAUAAACACCGGUCAUCAAAUAUUGUAUCCUAUAGAAAAAUUAAAUGUUUCUGUGUGGUCACCUGAGCAGUGCAAAAAUAAGUUCAGCAUCUUCACACCAACCCAGAUUUAGAAAAUGGGAUUAUAAACACAGAGAUUCAAACUCUGUCCAAUUUUUCCUGCACAUGGAUUAAAAGUGGAAGGAAAAGUCACUAUACUCACGUGAGGGGUCUGAAUCGGUGAGAUUGAGGACUUACAGCAGGAGCUCUGCCUUCUCUCCAGACAUUUUUAGUGUAAAGUUAGGGUGAGUCAACUCGAAUAAUUUGAGAUGUUGAGUUGAUUCUAAUAGUCAGAAAGGGUUAGGACUCAGCAACCUAAGCACUAGUUUAUCCAUGUAAUUGCAAAAAUAGAACCAGUAAUGCUAAGUGAUAGAUUAUAGAUUAUAGAUGAUGAUGAUAAUGAUGAUGAUGAAGGAGAUAGAUAGAUAGAUAGAUAGAUAGAUAGAUAGAUAGAUAGAUAGAUGAUUGAGAGAUAGAUAAAUGAUUGAUGAAUAGAUAGAUGAUAAACAGACAGACAGACAGAUACAGAGAGAGAUAAUAUGUUUGGCAUCUGAUCUACAAUGGACCCUUUAAAAGGAGGCUCCAAGAAGAAAUCGCAUGUCUUUAAGACAGAAAAUUCAUUAUAUUCAAUUGAUAAUCUCAACAUUCACUGGAAAAACAUAGAUUUACUCCUACUAAAAAUCAUCAGGUAAGUAGUUUGCUGCUGCUUUAGGCCUUCACAAGAUUUUUUAUACUUUCUUCUUUUGUCAGCCUUCAGACAAUCAGUUUUUGUUCCCAUGGAAAUAACUGCUAGGACCCAUUGACCUCUGCAGGGUCCAUUGCAUUUCAAGUGAAAUUUAGACCAAAAACCAUCAGACUGUGUUUACAUCAUUAGUUUAGAGA